UGCCCGCGCCCAAGGCCAGGGACCGCGACCGCGACAGGGACAGGGACCGGGAGGCCGGCCGCGGGCAGCGCAAGGACUCCGAGGGCUUUUCCGAGUCACCAGACUUGGAGUUUGAAUAUGCUGAUACCGACAAGUGGGCGGCAGAGCUCUCAGAACUUUACAGCUACACAGAAGGGCCAGAAUUUCUGAUGAAUCGAAAAUGCUUUGAGGAGGACUUCCAGAUCCAUGUGACAGACAAGAAGUGGACUGAGCUGGAUACUAACCAGCACCGCACCCAUGCCAUGAGGCUCCUCGACGGUCUGGAAGUCACCGCCAGGGAAAGAAGACUCAGGGUGUCUCGAGCAAUUCUCUAUGUUGCGCAAGGCACCUUUGGGGAAUGUAGCUCGGAGGCAGAGGUGCAGUCCUGGAUGCGCUACAAUAUCUUCCUGCUCCUUGAGGUGGGCACGUUCAAUGCUUUGGUGGAACUUCUGAACAUGGAGAUCGACAACAGUGCUGCCUGCAGUAGUGCCGUGAGGAAACCUGCCAUUUCUCUGGCCGACAGCACAGACCUCAGGGUUCUGCUCAACAUCAUGUACCUGAUCGUGGAGACAGUUCACCAGGAGUGUGAGGGCGAUAAGCCUGAGUGGAGGACGAUGCGACAGACCUUCAGGGCUGAGCUGGGCUCCCCACUUUACAACAACGAACCAUUCGCCAUCAUGUUAUUUGGCAUGGUGACCAAGUUCUGCAGUGGCCACGCGCCUCACUUCCCCAUGAAGAAAGUACUGCUGCUGCUGUGGAAGACAGUGCUGUGCACACUUGGCGGCUUUGAGGAACUGCAGAGCAUGAAAGCCGAGAAGCGCGCCAUGUUAGGACUCCCACCAUUGCCUGAAGACAGCAUCCAAGUCAUCCGCAGCAUGAGGGCUGCCUCUCCUCCUGCAUCUGCCUCCGACCUGAUCGAGCAGCAGCAGAAACGGGGUCGUCGCGAGCUGAAGGCCCUCAUAAAGCAGGACAACUUGGAUGCCUUCAACGAGCGGGAUCCCUACAAGACUGACGAUGCACGAGAAGAGGAGGAGGAAAAUGACGACGACAACAGCCUAGAAGGAGAGGCCUUCCCCCUUGAACGGGAUGAAGUGAUGCCUCCGCCACUACAGCACCCCCAAACCGACAGGCUUACCUGCCCCAAGGGGCUCCCAUGGGCUCCCAAAGUCAGAGAGAAAGACAUCGAAAUGUUCCUCGAGUCCAGCCGCAGCAAAUUUAUAGGCUACACUCUAGGCAGUGACACAAACACAGUGGUGGGGCUGCCCAGGCCAAUCCACGAAAGCAUCAAGACACUGAAACAGCACAAGUACACGUCCAUCGCAGAGGUCCAGGCACAGAUGGAGGAGGAGUACUUUCGCUCUCCUCUCUCGGGGGGAGAAGAGGAAGUCGAGCAAGUGCCUGCAGAGACCCUCUAUCAAGGCUUGCUUCCCAGUCUGCCCCAGUACAUGAUAGCACUGCUGAAGAUCCUGCUGGCUGCAGCUCCCACCUCCAAAGCCAAAACAGACUCCAUCAACAUCCUGGCUGAUGUCUUGCCAGAGGAGAUGCCAACCACAGUGCUGCAAAGCAUGAAGCUGGGAGUGGAUGUGAACCGUCACAAAGAAGUCAUCGUUAAGGCCAUUUCUGCCGUCCUGCUGCUGCUGCUCAAGCACUUUAAGUUGAACCAUGUGUACCAGUUUGAGUACAUGGCUCAGCAUCUGGUGUUUGCCAACUGCAUCCCUUUGAUCCUCAAGUUCUUCAACCAGAACAUCAUGUCAUACAUCACUGCCAAGAACAGCAUUUCCGUCCUGGAUUACCCCCACUGUGUGGUGCACGAGUUGCCCGAGCUGACUGCUGAGAGCCUGGAAGCGGGGGACAAUAACCAGUUUUGCUGGAGGAACCUCUUUUCCUGUAUCAAUCUGCUGCGGAUCUUGAACAAGCUGACUAAGUGGAAGCACUCCAGGACGAUGAUGCUGGUGGUGUUCAAGUCGGCCCCCAUCCUGAAGCGGGCCCUGAAGGUGAAGCAGGCCAUGAUGCAGCUGUACGUGCUGAAGCUGCUCAAGGUGCAGACCAAAUAUUUGGGCCGGCAGUGGCGGAAAAGCAACAUGAAGACCAUGUCUGCCAUCUACCAGAAGGUGCGGCACCGGCUCAACGAUGACUGGGCCUACGGCAAUGAUCUUGAUGCCCGGCCUUGGGACUUCCAGGCAGAGGAGUGUGCCCUCCGUGCCAACAUUGAGCGCUUCAAUGCCCGGCGUUACGACCGUGCACACAGCAACCCCGACUUCCUCCCUGUGGACAACUGCCUGCAGAGCGUCCUAGGGCAGCGGGUGGACUUACCUGAGGACUUCCAGAUGAACUAUGACCUCUGGUUGGAAAGGGAGGUCUUCUCCAAGCCCAUCUCCUGGGAAGAACUGCUGCAGUGAACUUCUGUCCAGGGAACUAGGAAGGAAAGCAGGGUGUGCUCCGGGUGGGUACCAUGGGCCUGUGCUGACUGCUGCAGUCCCCGAGACACCCUGCAGGUGGCAGCACGGCCUCAUGGUGCCCUCCAUCGCUGCUCCUGGGCUUGCUGGUGAGCCCAGGUUUGGCCGGAGAACCUAGUUCUGCUCGGGAGCAGUCAUCUCUGCCCGGGAGUUUUCUUCACUCCCUUUCUUGGACCUGGUGGUUUACUUAUUUCUCGUCUUUCUUUUCUCCAAGGUCAGGGAAUACUAGCUUGG